AUGCAGUUCAACGACCCUCGACCAACCGGCGGCCCUCCCGUCCCGGCCCUCGCCCUUCUCGCCGCCGUCUACCCUCCUCAUCUCUCCGACCUCCCCACGCCGCCGUCGACCCCUGUGCGGCCUGCGAGGCCGUUCGUCACCCUCACCUAUGCCCAGUCCCUCGACGGCAAGAUCGCAGGCCCCGGCGGCACCCAGUUGCAGCUCUCCGGACCCGAGUCGAUGCGCCUCACUCAUCACCUGCGAGUACUGCACGACUCGAUCCUGGUCGGCGUCGGCACCGUCCUCAACGACGACCCGCAAUUGACCGCCCGACUCCCCUCCCUCCUUCCCCUGUCGCAGCAACCUCGCCCCGUCAUCCUCGACUCGUCCCUACGCACCCCGCCAACCUGCAAGCUCCUCGUCAACGCCCAGCGCGGCAUCAGCCAUGGCGUCACGAUCGUCCACCGCGCGCUGUCGGCGACGAGCGAGGAGGACGAGGACUUGAGAAGGCGGGCGGCCGACCUCGAACGCGCCGGUGCACGCUUGAUCCCUCUCGAGCCAGACGAGCACGGCCUCCUCCCGCUCUCGGCCCUCCUCUCGCACCCGCACGCCUCGCACCUCCUCGGCCGCUCGCUCAUGGUCGAGGGCGGCGCGCGCAUCAUCGCGUCGUGCCUCGCCGCUCCGCCACCCGGCAUCGUCGACCUCGUCAUCGUCACCGUCGCGCCCGUCCUCGUCGGCGAGGACGGCGUGAGCGCUGUCGCGCCGCGCAAGGCGGGGCAGGGCGCGCCACCGAGGCUCGAGCACGUCAGGACCGAGCUGUUUGGGCAGGACAGCGUCGUUGUUGUGAGGCCGGUGUACGAGGGCGUCGAGGGCGAGGGCGGGGCGGCAUAA